GCUACUAUACAAGCUUGAAGGGAAAGGGUUAUGUUGUAGAAAAGCAUAGUAGUGUGCUUCUUAAGUAGUGCUUACUGGGCAUGAAAGUCAGCAGUUAACUGUAGUUCAACACCGUAAAGUAAGCGGCAUUAAAGUAAUUACUCUCCAAGGCAAUCUCCGCGGACUACUCGGAGAUAUUACAUAUACAGGACAGUGAGAAAAUGGUGUUAAUUUCGCAUUAUUUUGAUUGGGAUAUUUGUUUAAAUGCAGACCGUCUAAUUGCGCAGCACGUUGCAGGCUGUCAUCUUAACAGUGUUAUGCAGUUACUGCAAAUGUGUUGGUUUAUAUUACCAUGGCAUUGAGUAAAUAACGGAGGUUAACUUAAUUGGUGUUAGUGCUCAGAUUAAUAUUUAUCUUUAUUAGAACGGGUUGCUAAGGUGGCCAAAAACUAAGAGCUGUUAAGGCAGUGCAACUGCAAAUAUAUGAAGAAACAACUCAAAAUUUGUGACAACGUCUUAAUAACAGACCUCAUUCCAGCAGAAGGGAAUUCGUGGUUUGACCCGUGUUUAAGUCCAAAACUUAUUUUUGAUAUUACUUUUAUGUUAAGCAUCCAUUGCGUCUGCAGUGUACAUUUUUCUAUAAAUAUAAAAUUAAAUUCAGAAUAGCCACAGUAUAGAAGACGUGAUGAUUGCUUAUAGAAUGUACCCAGGUAAAAAUAAACUAACAAAACAAAUACUUUAAACUCGUCAAAGAACAUUGCUCAAGGACACGCCCUCUGAACCCAGGAAACAGCAGGAGUUUUUGUUUUUCAAAUGUAAUUGGGGUGUACAGCCAGUGGUAUUUUACCUGUUCUUUCAUUAGCCUGGUGCGGCAUACAAUGAGCAUAGACCAGACUAAGCCAUUAGUACACAGCAAAUAACAUUCUAUUGAAUUGAAGGAGUAUAACGAAAAUGGUAUAUAGGACGGUUUGCUGGGAGAUGUAGUUCUUACAGUAGAGUUGCCAUUAGAAACGCCUCUCAUGAAGUAGCUCCCGCCGCCUAUAUCCGCGCGCUUUCAUGAUUGGUUGUUUGGUGGUUAAUAUUGGUGGAACCUACUUCUAAAUUUUGCUUAUGAGUGGAUAAUAAGGUUGUCAUUCUCCGAGUACUGUCACUGUAGCUGUUAAAAUCGUUAAAAGUUGAUAAAUAUGACACUCUGAAGUAUAACACAGUAAUUGAAACACUUUUGUCGCCUGAUUUCUGUCAGGACUUAAAUGCAUCACGCAUUAAAUUUAAAUUGCUAUGAAGUGUAUUACUGCGUAUAUAUGACGCCUAGUGUAGUAGACCAUAUCCCAGUAAAGUUUAUUUCUUUGCUGUGUGCGUCACAUUUUAAGUUUGAUUUUGUGACUACAAUUUUAGAAAGAGUAGUCCUACACUUUAUGUAUGACAAGCAGUUUUGUCAGUUCUGUGGCUCUACCAGUAGGAGUUGGAGAUUAUGAAUAUGCUAAUAAGGUAUUGUUGGCCGCGCAGGCGCGGCCGGGUACCGAAUGUUUCCCAAGUGUUUGAAACUGGUAUUUGGGUUUUCCACGUUGGAUCAAGUGCAGCGUUUACAGUAAAAUUCUGUAUUUACAAUCAGAAAGCGAAAUACUGCAAGGGCAACUUUACUGUUACGCAUCUCUUCUACUAUUCAAACAGUUUUAUUCCUUUGAUUUUUCUUUACGAAGGGGACCCCGACCUCGAUCUCUGCUGGAGAACCAUUCAGUCAGCUGCUGAAGUAGACCUUUCUAAAUUGGACAGUUAACAGGAAAGCAAAUGUAGGUAUCUACGUUGUGAUAGUUUUUAGGGAUCCGUUUAUAUUCAUAUUUUAAAUGAAAAUGUUGAGUCCUGCAAACGGAGACCAGCUUCACAUUGUGAACUAUGUGGAAGAUUAUAUGGAUUCCAUUGAGUCUCUGCCUUUCGAUCUGCAACGGAACGUCUCACUGAUGAGGGAAAUCGAUGUCAAAUAUCAAGAUAUUUUAAAAGAAUUGGAUGACAACUAUGAGAAGUACAGAAAGGAGACUGAUUCUGUUCAGAAGAGGAGACUGUUGCAUUGUAUUCAAAGGGCUCUUAUCCGAAGUCAAGAACUCGGAGAUGAAAAAAUCCAAAUAGUUGGCCAGAUGGUAGAGCUGGUUGAAAACCGAACAAGGCAGGUGGACAGUCACAUUGAAAUGUUUGAGACUUGCACAGAGGUGAAUGACAGCACAGCUAAUGGUGGCAAAAUUAGCCAGGACAAGGCACGAAACGAUACUGCUGCCCAGACCGAUAAACCCACUAACAAAAGAUCGAGAAGACAGAGGAACAAUGAGAACCGUGAAAAUGCAUCCAACAAUCUUGAUCACAUUGACACUACUGUAGGAACCCCAAAGGAGAAGAAAGCAAAGACUGCAAAGAAAAAGAAACGAUCCAAGGCCAAAGCAGAAACAGAGGCAUCUCCUGCAGAUUUGCCAAUCGAUCCGAAUGAACCAACAUACUGUCUAUGUAAUCAGGUCUCUUAUGGAGAAAUGAUAGGCUGUGAUAAUGAUGAAUGUCCAAUUGAGUGGUUUCAUUUCUCCUGUGUGGGGCUUAAUCAUAAACCAAAAGGAAAAUGGUAUUGUCCAAAGUGCAGGGGAGAAAAUGAGAAAACUAUGGACAAAGCAUUAGAAAAAUCUAAAAAAGAAAGGGCAUACAACAGGUAGUUUCUAAAGCUGAGAAACUGAUGACUUUACUGUGAAAAUCCUGUUUGUUGGCAUUGUUACCUUACCAGUAUGAAAGAACUACAGAUUUUGUUGUUCUUCAGUAUGAUGAUUAAAUGACAGUCCCUCUAACAUGGGGAAGUAAUGCCUUUGUUAGCAGAGCUCAUGAAAAUAUGAAAACUGCACCUAAGCUUAGAAGGCAUCCAGAAACCUCAGCAUAGUUUUCAGUACUGGCACUGCUGGCCAGGUCAGGAGCUGAACUUUGCAGUAAGUGAUUGAGUCUGGAUUGCUGAUCUGAGACACACAGGGUAUAAUUUGUAAUGUAAAUCUGAUGCUUGUGUUAGUAGAAACAAUGAGACAUGCAACCAGUGCUCCUAUUGCCGUGAGGUUUGCUUGAAAGUAUUUUGUUUCUUCCUUUAGGUGCCAUUAUGAAACGCUAGUAAGCUGAGUUGGAGACUGCAAAGCAAAAAGAAAUGCAUCACAUAUGUUUUUCCAUAUUAGAAGUUAAGAGUUGUGACAUAUUUUUAAGGAAUCUCUCUUUUUUUCCCUUUUGAAGUUUGCAUUAUCAGCAGAUGAAGCAGGCUCCUUUUUAGCGGUUUGAGGUAUUUUAAUGUUUCAUAACACUGUUUCAUUGUGAGAAAACAUUUUUGCCAAGACUUAACUGCUAAAUCAGGAUAGGUAAUAAUGCAGAAUACUGCUGAUUCUCAGUGGAUCAGUUUCCAACUCACUUAGAGACUGCACUUUAAAUUAGGAAGUAAACUGAAAAACUGUUCUUUUUUUCUCUUCACUCACAAUUAUCUUGUUACCAUUUUGAAAUAUUCACAUUAAGGGAACUUUACUUAAUGUGAUGAUGCUGCCUUUCUGGACAUUUGGCAGAAUAGUAGCUUGUACUUUUGUCGGCUAAAUCCACUUACUGAUGGUAAAAUUUAGGUUAGAUAUUUCUUUUGCAAGAGCCGGCAUUACAGGCAUAGAAGGAAUGGUUACAUGUUGAUAUAAAUCCAUAUAAAGGUUGUUGUGCAACUGUUGGGUAACAUGGUGUACCAUUUUAUGUAGUUAAGUUAAUGGUCUGUCUUUUCUUGGUGCACAUUUUUAAGCACUGUUGGCAACUUCUACGGAGUCAUUUCAACUGGCUGGAGGAGACUGGGAGGUACACCAGUUUACAUGUAACAAGAAAAUUGGUUUGGUAGCAGGAGUAAAAGCUAUCAUAAGUCUGCCAGCUAAUGUCUUUUAGUUCAUAUUGGGGUAGGAAAGUAAACUAUCCUUGGGCUUGUGCUAGCCAAAGUAACAUUUCAGUAAGUGUACCAGUUCAGCCAGGAAAAAAAUGCGAAUCUGCUGGAAUUUUCAUGCUUUUAACCCUACCGGCUAUUAGCUGCAAACUUUAAUUUCAUCCCCUGGUUAUUUGCAGUUUAAAAAACUGGUUAAACUUUUAUACUUUCAAAAGAGUGUAUAGCAGCUGACUUUGUACAUUUUGUAUAGUUUGUAUAAAUGUAAAUUUGUAGAUGGCUGUGCACUUCUGUAAGAUAUUCUGAUAGGAAUAAAUAACAUAGUUUAAUAUGCAUUUUUCAGUAUAUAUUAAAAUUGUACAGCUCUGAUAUGAGGUCAUUCCAUUAAAAUCUUUUAAAUCAA